GAACUUUUUACGUGGGAAGUAAACAGGCUAUGUGAACAUUUGAGGAAUUCCCUUCAUCCAAAUAGAGAAUUCAAGUUAGAUGAAGAUCUCUUUGAUUGGCAAGAGGUACUGUAUAGCAUUGAUAAUAGUUGGAUUCAAUGGUAUUAGCCAUUCCGAAGUUGAUGAGUGGACUGGGGACGAGUGUUAAAACGUGCCCAAAUUAAGAAAUGGACCAAAUCAGUAAAAAGACCACCUCAAAAUUAGUAGGUAUACAAAGUUUGAAAACAUGUACGUAAAUACCCUUCGAAUAAUAAGCUUUCGAAAAUUGUGAAAUUACUGAUUGAAAGAUUGUUUUGGGAACGCGCCUCCCAAAAACAAAAAUUACAGUACAUUUGAUAGUAAAUAUCGUGAUUUUCUUCAAACUUUGUAUACUUACUAAUUUUGCGGUGGUCUUUUUAGUGAUUUGGUUCAUUUUUUUCUUUUGGCACUUUUUAGCACUCGUCCCCAGUUCUCUCAUCAACUUCGGAAAGGCUAAUUAAACAAGAAUUCCUGGUUUAGAAUCCACCUAACAUAAUCUGGUUAUUCAACCAUAUAGCGUGGUUAGAUUUACCAUGAAUCCUGGUUUAAUUUAGCCAGGACUGUGGUUAGACAACCAGGAAAUUUAAUCGCGAACAUUAAGUUACCCUAAACAAUGUUAAUUUUAGAUUAACCAGGACAUUUUUAGCCUGCGGGGUAUUUUUAGAGUGCGUCUUUUAAAUGGAACAGCCCAAACUACAGAGCGAACCUAAGUACUUACUGUACCUGUAGUCCUUUACAAUGCGUGAUUCCAGCUAUACAGGGUGUAUCAAAAUAAACGCAAUUCAUCUUUUGUGCUUAAUAACUUUCGAAAUACUAUUUCUACGCUUUUAGGCUUACUUCAAAGCCUGUUCUUUUCUCUUUCAAACAAACUAUUAUCCUUGUCUCCAAUGCUAGUAAUAAUUGCACAGGAAAAGAUUUAGAUUUCUUCUUUAAACUUUAAUGUUGUCGUCACUACAUCUGGAAAACCACCUAAGAACAAAUUUAAAGUAUUUUAAAAGAGACCAGGUUGUUUAUAAAUCUUAAACGAAUGCAAAAAAUCGUCAAAACAUUCUGGUGUCUGAGCCAGAGUGUCAUCGAAUUGCGAUGUAAUGUAAACAGAAAUUAUAGCAAGUUGAUGUCAGUCAGCUUAGAUGGUCCAAGCCAAAAUUAUAUCGCAUUUGAAGUUUCAAACUGAGUUAAAAAUAGUGGAAGAAAAGCCGUAAUUAUACUUAUUGUUACAAUCCAUUUAAUAAAAUGCAAUAUUUUUUUGUUUUAAUGAAAAAAUCAGUUAUUUUCAUGAGAACGAUUUGUUAUUCCAUCUCAAUUUUUUUAAUCUCCAAUCGCAAUAACGUAAAGUAUUAUUACCCGCGAACCAAUGAGUCAAAUUUAAGAAACAACCCACUGUUAGAAAGCUGAAUGGCUACGCUUUAAAAUGAAUGUAAACUUUAACGUUUUCGUCUAUUAUUUGCUUAGCAAUUUACAUUUCAGUCGAGGAUUGCGCUUUUUUUGAUACACCCUGUAGACUAAAUUUUGAUCAAGGCAAGAAGGAAAUCCAACAGUACAACUACUGUAGAAAGGGCGUCUUAGGAUGAGUAAAACUGCAAAGAUUGGUUGCCAAAUGUUGCGAAAUGAAGCAAGUGUAGCCCUGUAUAUUUGUAUUACGCGCGGUAAAUAUGACCAUGCACUUUCGGCUCAAAAAUGGUUAUUUUUCCCGCGCGUAAUGCAAAUAUAUUUUCAAAAUUUGCGAACUUCACAGCGCUAUAUUUUCCUCAUUUUACAACAAUUCGCAACCAAACUUUGCAGUUUUACUCAUUUUAAGAUGCUCUUUCCAGUUAUGGUAAUGAUGUCGUUCUUCUUGUUUUGAUCAAAAUUUCGUCUCAGCUGGAAACGCCAUUGCAAAGUUCACAGUAUCUGGCUGACUGAGAUUGAAUGUGGUUAUUGUAUACCCUAGAAACAUAAAUUCUAAAUUUUUAUAAUUUUGAAAAUGUUUUAGGACAAAACGUUCUCAGGGGAUGAUCUUUUGGAGAGAUUGUCAAUAUCUUUGCGAGAAAUCCUAAAUUAUCCAUAUUUACUGUGGAGCAAAGAUGUUGCAAACCUCACCACUGAAGCUUUGUUACGUCUGGAACGGGAAGGCUCUCCACUAGUAUUGCACGACAAGCUUCCUGGUGUAUACUUACUGAUCAUUCAUCCCAAUUCUCAGGUACUGUACUUAUGUUCAUCCGGCUGUUUCACGAUGUGCCAUCCAUACUGUAGCUGUAGCUUGACUGGAGAUGAGCCGAUUACAAAAAUGGCAUGUAUAUUAGGGACCGGUUAUUAUUUAUGGUCGGGGUGGCACCCAAGAGAAAUGUUUUUCGUGGCAAAAAUUUUGCUGACCCAACCAUCAAAAAGUAAAAUAUUUAAUUACCCAACCUCAAAUAUGAAUUAAAAAAGAAAUACCCACCCCUGGUCAAAAACGUUACAAAAAAGAUACCAUUUAGUUGUCACACAAGUCCCUUACCACUUCUGUGACAUGAGUUUGAUAACGGGUUGUGAAAUUUUCUCCAGUCUAAAGUUUCAUGUUGUCUGCACAUGUACUUUCUUUGGAGACACCAUUUGUCUCCCAACAAAUCGGAAAAUGAUCAAAAUAGUGACUCUGAUUGAUUCACAUAUUGUAUUGACAUAUGACUGUUGACAUUGCUUUUUAGUCUCCAAUAUUUCAGUGAGUCAUGCUUGGAAAUAACAAUAUUUUUUUAUUAAUUUAAAAAAAAAAAAAAAAAAAUCAUAUUACUAGAAUACAUUGGUAUUGAAGGAACUAGAUACUGUUCCGAAAUAGCGUAGCUCAGUUGGAAGAGCAUUGGGCUAGUAUUCCAAAGGUCGUAGGUUCGAAUCCCACCGUGGCCGGGCAUAUUUUUCAAGCUCGCCCGGUGUGGAUAUACACUCAGAGUAACAUUGCAAACAUAAUUUUUUUAUUACCCAACCCUGGAGUUGUUUUGUUUUUCAUUUACCCAACCAUUUACAGUACUUACUCAAAAUUUUGUUUACCAACCAUUUUCUCUUCGGUGCCACCCCGCGCCCAUAAAUAAUGACCGGCCCCUAACGUAACAUGCGCUCAAAACUAACGAACAUACCUUUCCACUUGAUUACGACCGCAUUCAGUUUUUAUCAUUUCUGACACGUUUUUCAAGCGGCAAACGAACAUGAAAAGUAUGUUUAGUGCUUUAUCUGUAAAAUUACGCUAAAAUGAUCGAGACUUAAAUUUAGAUUGAAAAAGAAAAAAAUAUGCGAAAGAGAAAAUUGUGUCAGUCUCAAGUUCAGCCAGUUUUGCUGUAUGAUUAUUAUUCUGAGUUUCUCAAACGUCAGAUACAUAUAAAAAGGUGGCUAACUGUGUAAACUACAAAAUUAGGCUAAAACAAAGUAAUUCGUAAGAGGAACGCCAAAAAGAUAUUAGGUUUCGAGACCAGCCCUCCAAAUCAACAUGAAGUUUCUGACAACGAAGGCUCCCCCCACCCGCCCCCUCUUUUAACUUCUGCAUUUACGUAGUUCUUUGUUUAAACAAAGCACUUUUGAUAAGUUUUUUUGGUUGUAGGUGCGAAAAUGGGCGAAAAAAUCCCUGCAGAGACUUGGUCUUAUCUCGUGUGAUGACUAUCAUGAUCUUAGAGACGUUGUAAAGUGGAUCAUAAACGUUUCAGAAUUUGACCUUUUGAGAUCCAGGAAUUUGGAAGAUAUCGAUGCGAACAUCUUGCCAGCGCAUCUUUUCCUGCGAAAUCACAUCAAGGAGUAUUGGGCGAGCGUGUACACGCUUUUGAAGAAGUUUGAAUCAAAAACGAUACGUCUUCAGCUUCUCAGUCGCGAUAAUCACAAUCAAUUUGUUACUAUGCUUCUUACGGCAAUAGAUCAGGAAAAUUGUCAAAACGAUGGUAUGUUUGCAUGCGAAGCCUGGAUGAACACUCUGCUGUUCAAGCGUUCUUUACUCUUUCGCCUCUGAUAUCAGUUGUGGGUGGGUGGCGAUGCUCACAUUGCACUAGAGACACUUAGGGACCGAUCAUAAAGUAACUGCUAGGGUGGGCUGGAGUGAUUUGGGAUGGGGCAUGGAAAAUCUUUGGGCAGUUUCGAUGGGCCGCCAAUUUUUUGGUAUGCCCACGGUUAGGCCACCAAACAAAAACCCAUGUUAAUUAUAUAUUACGUAAAGAUAUUAAUAAUAAAAGAAAAACAAAACUAUCCAAAUUAUCAAAUGCAAAUGAUGCUAUUGAAGCCAGUACUUUGUUUUAUACAACAACAAGAAGUUGUCGAAUCACAGCAAAUACAACCAACUGGAGAGCAGCUCAGUAUCGUAGUUGGUGAUGAAUGUGUUGGUCAAUCUUGGUGGAAUUAUGUAUGUCAAUACAGUGCCGGUGUAUAAUAUUUACAAAGUUCAUACCUGCAAGUUUUUUUUUAUUAUAAAAUUGUAUUUUCCCAAUUUAGAUUGGGUGGGUGGGUGGGUGGGUCAUGAAAUAAAUUUGGUAUGAUUAGAUGGGCUUUGAAAUCCUUAUCUACAUCCUAAGAUGGGUUACCAAACUUAUUGGUAAAAUUUGUGAUUUACCUCCAGCCCACCCUAGCAGUCACUUUAUGGCCAGUUCCUUAUGUGAAAAGAAUCAGUCAACGCUCUACCGAAAGUUGUGGGUUUUCUCUGGGUCACCCGCAGUGGUGUAACUUUACAGUACUUUUUUUUACCACUUGCCCUCAGGUCAAGUUGGACAUGAAAAUUAGUUGUCCGGAAUAAAAUUCACUUGCCAUCCGACAAUGGCUACUGACAGGGCUGCAAAUUACUGUCGGACAUCGGACAAUGUCCGACUAAAUUUGGCAAAUGUCCGAGCAAAAGUACAUUUUUUGUACAUUAUACAUUUUUUUGCUGUCACAAAAUCCAAUUGCAAAUUCACUCAAUUUACAUUUUGAAAUAAUAUUUAUGAGGCAUUCUAGCAUUUAACUUAACGUUGCAUCGGAAUGGCUAUACAUACUUUAUUCGUGACGUAUAUAUAUCUUGUGACGUAUACUGUAUAUGUCUGACCAAAUUUAGUGGUGUUGGUUUUUGUCCGACCAAGUUCAAGUUAUGUCCGACCAAAAUUAAAAGUGAUCGGACAAAUGUCCUGUCAAGUCAAAUAUUUAUUUGCAGCCCUGACUGAGGUAUCUAGGUAUAGAGGUAGAAAGUACGUGGUGCAUUUUUUCGCGCGUAAUACUAAAAUACUCAAAAUUUGCUAAUUUCACAGGGCUAUAUUUUCCGUAAAACACACUGAAACAAUAGACAGUCCGAAAAUUGUAAACAUUUUAAUUCUUUACGUUUCGACAAUAAUUUAAGUCAUCUUCAGAAGAAAAAAGACCAAAACUCUUUCUUCUGAAGAUGACUAAAAUUAUAGUCGAAAUGUAAAGAAUUAAAAUGUUUACAAUUUUUGGACUGUCUAUUGUUUUGUGUUUUAUUAAAAUACUCUAUGGCAACCGCAAUUUUUGGCCUGUAUUUUUCGUAUUUUGCAACCUUUUUAACCAAAUUUGGCAAUUUUACUUAUUUAAGGAUGUUCUUUUAAGCUAGCUACUGUACUGUAUAAUGAUAGAUUUUGUUCUUCCUGUCUGGAUGAAAAUUUUUCCAUUGUUAUUUUAGGACGUGAUAGCGAGUUCUGGCCACUCCUUAAUUGUCUUCUUAUAUUAUUAAAACGUCUCAAGUCACGUAUCUGGCAGCACAUCAACAUCGGGAACCACGCUGACCUCUUCUGCUUGGUUGCACUACAUCCUGCCUAUCUUAACGAAGUCAAGAGAUUGCCUGGCUAUAACGGGAAAGAUGUUGAAAUAACUUAUGAAUGUACAGCUUCAUCUGGUCAAGGCCUUGCUUACAGGGAAGGUCAAACGCAAAG